CCGCGUAAUCGUCUUCUUAUCUAACUGGAGUACGGCACUGCAUUGACGGUGGAAAACGCACGCCGCGGCUUCGAUAACGCCCCGUGUUUACUAUUUCCCUGACCUCGUAAUUGCGCGCAACUGCGCACGAUGAUUCCUCUCGUCAAUUUUCUUUGGUUCCGCUUGGGGAAUUCUCUGCGAUUUUCAGCUAUUCUGAGCAAAUUUUGAGUGUACGCGCGAGCUCUAAAGGCGGAUUAUCUUGAAACGAUCUUCGUUGACGCGUACACCUCCAGGAAACGAGCACUGUUUGAGCAAACACUGAUGAGCACAAACGCAGCGGAGCUCCAUGACGUGUAUCGCUCGCAGCUUAAUCUUAUCGAUGCCUUAUCGGUUACUGGUACCGCCUCGGUAUCGGUGAUCACUCGUUCAUGAAUGAUUUCCUCAGUCGUAUGACAAAAUUGGAACGUUCCGCAGAAUAUAUCCGCGUUGCUUCCUCGUUGCCCGCGUUGCCGAUUCCCUUACAAUGAGAGGCAGCCAGAUAAGAGACUCGCAGUUGCCGCCAAAGUAUUUCAGUAGAUUAGUUCGAAGUAAGUUGCGAAGUAAAUCUUGCGAUCGAGAACGGAAAGUACAAGUAGCCCUUUCAUGAUAGUUAUAUAAUAGCAAAUUUGCUCUUCUGUUUUAGCAAACCAUUUUGCCUAUAUAUAUCAUCUAUAUUUUAUCUUAUCAUAUCCAUAUCUCUCUCUCUUGUUACGUCCCUCACAUUGUUUUAUACAGCAAUCUAAUGUUUGACCAAAUCUGUGACGGAAUAUUUGUUCUUGAAUGCAAAGCAGAAUGUAUUUUCAGGGAGAUGAUGAUAGUAUUCGUCUACGAUACUGCAAGAUGUUGUAAAGAAGAAGAUGAUCCUGCGGAAGCAGUAUUAUACUUUCAUCCAGCUUGGGUGUCCCUCACGCAGAGAUUGGCUCUGGCGGGACAAUUGAUGGGCGUUCAUCACUUCUUGACAACGUCGUUCUCAGCGCCAAGCUCCAUCACGCUGCAGGGUGGAAAGUUUGUGCUGAAAAAAUUCGGCCAAUAUGUGUUGGCGGUGGGGACCGAUAGAAACAUACAGGACUGGAUACUCGAGAGACGCGCCGACACCCUCGAGUCACUGUUGAAACUUUUUCACUGUGAUCUUGCCAAGAUACUGGAGUCCCUUAAUAACGAUCGUAACAGAUUCACCGAGAAAUUGUACCAGAUGUUUGAGACUUAUUUACCGAUUCUUCAAUACAGUGCCAAUCUAUUCUCCAACAUUCCAGUUAUUAAACUUCCAAAGAGUGCCAGCAACAUAUUUCUAGAAGCGAUGCAGAUACUACAACAUUGCCAAGAAAUAAACGGCGUUUUGGGCGGCGCAUUGUUCUACAAUAACAAGAUAGUCGCAACGCAGCUGGGUGCAGAUUUGACGAAGCAGAUCGUCAUCAUUGAUCCUUAUAGAAUAAAGGCUCCCGCGGAAAGGAUACCCACAGAAUUUUCUCUGCCGGUUGGCGUUCAGUUGCUACAGGUGUACAUAGAACGGAAGCAGUUUGCAAAGUUGUUGCAGGAGGCGAAUAACGAACGGUAUUACAACUCGUGUCUAGACACCGUGACCAAGAAGAUGCUGCAGAAAAGGACCGUGCCGAAAAGCAGCGCGAAGGAGCCGCCGACGACGUCUGGCAUGAAACGAGAUACCUCGCGGAUCUUCACCGUGCCAGAGGAAGGCGAGCUCGACUCCGCGAAUUACCCGCCGACAUCGCAGUACGUGUCGUCGUCGAUGCCAUUCGCGAUCAACCACGAGUCGCCGAUCAGACGCAAGCAGGAAACCGUCAAGCCGGAACGUUCCAAGAGUAGCGCCACUGUUAAUCCACUCACACCCAGCGUAUGCGCGACACCGCUGAAAGACGUGAAUCGGGUGUUGCACGAAAAUGCCAUGCUGAUCUGCUCGUCGGAAAAUGACGGCGAAAAUGAAGGGUCUAGUAGUGUGUCGAGAGACAAUGAUGACGACAUCCCGGACGUUGUCAAGGAAGCGCUCAGAUGCAAACGCCUGAACAAACUAAGAAAUGCCACUUCGAAGGAGAAGCUGAUGAAGAAAAAGGACCCUGACAGGAAAAGCGUAAGCCUGCCGGACUUGACAUCAUCGAUUACGCAGCACGUGAAUGAUAUUCCUAAAACUUAUCAACCGGAGCUGGAAAAAAUGUUGCAUAAGUUCAACAAAGUCUCCCCAGACGACCACGAUUCAUCCCGGCGGAAGUCUUUUACUAGAAGCAGUAGACGAUACUCGCGCACUAUUACCGAUCCUUGUUACCCCGUUUUUCGAUUCGACGGUCUAUCGGUUUCGCAAUCGAUGUACGAGCAGUAUGUUGCUUCGCAGUGCGAGGAACUGCACAACGAUCAUGGCAACGACAGCGCCAUCCGAAAGCACCACGAUAAUGAUGGCAAUUUGCGACCGAAGAAUCUUCCGAAUGACCUGACGAACGCAAAACUGCCAACAAAUGACAGCUCGAGCUCGCUCACGAAAGACAUUUGCGAAGAACGCGUCAAACCCUACGACAAGAGCAAGCAGGAAACAUACAAGAGAUCGAUGAGUUUGCCGCUGAAGCCGCUCAACAUCGUUGCCGAGGUGCAGAACGGCGAUGACCGGCGGAAAUCGACAUCGGAGUGUGGUGGGAGCUCGUGCGAGUUUCCGCAAAGACGGAAGCUGGACGGCCUGCAACUGACGCCGCUGAUGUCGAAGCUGAGUUUACUAGCAGACGAACGAACCAGCGGUUUCUGCAGCCGCGAGACCACGCCGAGUGAAUUCCGUGAUCUGUCCGGAUUUUCGGGCGGCGCAGCCACGGCCGCCGCUACAACGACGACGACGACGACGACGAAUCAAUUUAUCAGACAGAAACUCGAGUCGGUCGAGAAGGAGGUGAGCGACGGCGAAGACGAAUUGGACGAGGACUGGAUCAACAAGGACGACUCUGCUGUCUGUCUCGAGAAGACGGAGCUGUUUCUUUGCGGAUUCCAAAACAUGGUGUUGGUGCUGCUGAUGGAGAAUGGCACCGCGAACAAUCCGGAACUAAUACUGUCUCUGUGGAAUACUUGCGUAAACACAUUGGGUAAACUCGAGUCACGACUGCAGCAAUGUCUGGAACCGAUGCCAUCAACGGAGAAUAAGGAAUUAUACAGUAUUUUAAGCGUGGAUUCACAGUGGGACACAGUACAACGUUCUGGACUCUGGGGUGUCACCGAGUUGGACAUCGUAUCCUGUCUCCACGAUAGAUUUAUGCGCGCCGGCAGUUUGAUGGACAUUAUUGUCAGAACGGAGGAUACGGUGGUUUACGGUAAUCAGUGUGGAGGAAUAAAAGUGUUCUAUCAGCAAGCAGUGACGCCAAGUGCUUUCGGGACGCUUCCGACUCCAGCGGAUCUAAUGGGAAUUGUGGCUCUCAAAGCAAAACGUCGAUUAGAGAGAGAUCACGGGAUCGUGUUGCUGUAAAUCCAAGAUUGUACGUUAAUCUCCUCCGUUUUGCUUCUACUUUUUUUUCGAGAAAAAGCAUAAGUAACACAUGCGUUUGCAACACUUCGCUUCUUUUUCUCUACAAAAAUCGACGAAUUCAGACUUCCGUAUAUAUAUUCUACGCAAAAGGGAAAAAUCCGAUUCCAUUACACUUUGACUCGGGAUAAAACCGUUUUAAAAGAAACAUUUUUCUAUGCGUAUUUUUGUAAUCUGUGAUUCUUCCAACCUGCCGAGCGUAAUUACAAAACAGUUGGUUACGAUCGAAGAGCUUCUUAUAUAUCACUGCGAUGUACUUAUAAUCUGUAUUCUCACUAUCGUACUAUUGCGCACUGUCGCAUCGGUGAAUCUUUCAAAAUAGCCGAUUCUCGGCGACGAUGCAUUUUGUACUUCACCAUUCCACCAAUUGUGCGUAUAAAUAUCACAACGAAUGUUGUUUGUAUUAUACAUAUAUAUAUAUAUAUAUAUAUAUAUAUAUAUAUAUAAAUACGUUGUUGUAUAUAAGGUGUCCUAGAAUCGGUAGGAAGUAGAUAUACAUAGCGUCAUUGCUUUUGAAAUUUUAAGGCCAUUUUGUAUCUAAAGAAUUAAGCUAUUAUAGAGUAUCGAAUUUUAAAAGAUUGAAAGUAUGAUCUCUCGCUCUUACACUGAGAAAGUAUUGACGUAAAAUUUUGCAAGGGGAAUGACGCUGUGUUGUCCGACAAUUCUCGGACAUCCCAUGCAUCGUUGAUUCUUUGUACAUACGCGUACGCGUACGCAUAACGCGCGCGAGCCAUUAUUAAGUUAUUUAAAGUUUAAUUGAGUUGGCGUGUAAACGUUCUCUGUUAGUUGCAUUAGAGCGAAAAUAGCGAAAAUAGUAGAGAGCAUAUCCGCGAGAAGAAAGAUAGAAAUCAGUAUUUUGCAAGCACGCUGCGUCCAGUAUUUCUAGUCGUCCAAGCUUUUUUUAUAGCGAACAAACGGUUACGAUAAUAAUGUUGCAGAACAUCAAAAUCUGUCGGACGUGUUCUCAAUUUUAAUGUAAAGAUAUUUUACGCGCCAUUUUUUGCACUUUUUGCAGCGUUAAGAUAUAUUCGGUAUAAAAUCCAUUGUUGUGUCUUGCAAUAUUUCUCUUGCAAGAAUUAUUCGCAAGACGAAUUUUUAGCAAUGAGAUGGUUCAUUUUAGCAAAUACGGUUGCCCCACGUCCACAUAAUUCCGGAAAAGAAAAAUCUGUAACAUAAUGUAAUAACAUAAAUGUAAUUCUAAAAAAUAAUAAUUUAUAGAAUUAUAAUAUAUAUGUAUAUUCCCUGUGUAUUCUUUCUAUUUAGAAGAUUAAUUUAAAUAAUUGUUAGCUAAUUAUUCAGAGAUUUAAAUAAAAAAUUCAGAUAAUCUAGGUGAUUUGUUCGUAGUCGAUCAAGUACAAUUAAGAUCGAUUCAGACAUAUUCGUACCGUAUCCGGCCGACUGAAAUGUAAGAAUACUCUGAUAUAAAGUAAUGGAGACGAUAUUUUCAUCAGUAUACGGACGUGCACGGAAUGGAAUGUCUGAAUCGACCUUUAUGGCACUUGUUAUGAGCAUGGAUUUAACACAGACAUAUUUUUUUUAUAGUCUAAUUACUAUUUUAUAUUUUAUUAUAAACAACCUAACGUAAUACUCUAGCAGAGUGUUUAACAUAAAUUGUAGAAAAUAUGCUUUGAUCUAAUAUUACGUAGUAUAGAUGCAUAAAUGCAUUAGCGGGUGUGUACACGGAAAAACUACAUUCUAAGGCCGGUCGGCAUAAAUAUGUUUGCGACGAGAGAGAGAGAGAUAUUUACGUGAAAAAUCAUUUUAAUACGCCAGAGGCGAUAAAUAUGAAUCAUAGGACGUGAGUGUUUUCAAAUUCUUCGAAGCAGUAUCAUAGAAAAUUUGAAAGACAUUUUAUUCGAUUAUAUAUUAUAUUAUAGCAUAAAUUAUCACAGGCAUAUUAUCACAAGACGUUUUUUGUCUUCUUGUGCUUUCUUAUAAUUGUUUAUCUAUCCGAUUCAAAAACAUCUAUAUCAAAGACUGAAACAGAUUUUUAUAAUAAACUAUUAAUAUGUCAUUUUAAUAUGACAUAUAUAAUAUUUGAUCGUCAAAAGAUUUCCCAACAAAUAUAUAUAUAUAUAUACAGAUAUAUAACUAUUAUAUUGCAACUAAUGAAACAGAUAAUAUAACGUAUACAGUACACAGUAACUUAAAUAUUAAUUAUAAUUUCCCACUCAUGGAUUAUUACAGUUAUUAUAUAAAUAUAACAGGUACUUAAAAUGUUGUAUAACAGAUAUAUAGCAGAAAUAUAACUUGUUGCGUUGUUGCAUUGUAAUAUACCUAUAGUGUGAUUGUUAUCGUAUAUGUUACUGUACGUUAACUUAUGUAUGUAUAUAAUUUACAUUACUAAUUCCAGAAAAGGAUUUUUGCAGUAAUUCUAAGCAAACUGUUUCAUUUGCAUUCGCUCGAAAUUAAUUCAAAGACUUCCUGAUAAUAGUAUGUGCAAUAUGAUUUUGCGUAGAAAA